AUGCGAGCGUGGUUUCGCGAUAUCAUGGGAAUGAAGCUCAAGAUGGAAGAUAAAAAUAGUAAACAGUUCUCCAAUAUUACCGAUUCAACCGUUCCAAAUAAUGCUAGCGAAACAGAUUUCGAUGAGAUACCUACAACUUCAAUUUCCACUGAGGAAUAUACUCCAUCAUCAGUAUCAGUACCAACCACCUUCGACAUCGAGCAUCGUUAUCAAUUAGUUGGCAAUAUCAAUAUUAUCAAUCAAAUGGAAGUUGAUCAAGACGUGCUUUGCAUCUGCUAUACGGAAACUUACGACUUUUUGGCGGCAGGACUGUUGGACGGGAAUGUAAAAUUCUACAAAGUUAAUUCGGGAGAGAAUACGUUGAGUCUGUGCGAUACGGAAAUAAUGCUGAAUCCGUCUCCAGUGACCGCUGUAAAGCACCGACCAGUGCGCAGUACAUAUCCGAUCACUAAUAUUGUGAUAGCGACUUUAUAUUUGUAUGAUGAAGAAACUAAGACGCUCGAAAGAGUGUUUCGCGGAAGUGACAAGCCGGAUGUCAUGGACGGUCAUAAAUCUAGAGUCUUCAGCGCUUGCUUCAACCCGAAAUCUGCAUACGAGCUGAUAAGUGGUGGCUGGGACGACACCAUACACUUCUGGGAUACCAGACAAGCUCAUUCUUUUCGGUUCAUAUCAGGUGCACAUAUAUGUGGGGACGGCUUAGACAUCAGUACAAAUGGAAAAGAGAUCCUUACUUGUUCCUGGCAAAGGAUCAAUCCUAUACAAUUGUGGGAUUACGGUAGCGGCAAAUUGAUCACCACUGUAGAACCAGAUAGUUAUUCUUCUUUAUUAUACGCUGGAAAAUACGUAACAAAUAUGUACAUUGCAUGCGGUGGUUGCGAUGUUAAUCUCUUCAGAAUCGUUGAUCUACGAUCUCAUUCUACUAUAGCUAUGAUCAGAAAUUUAAGGAGCGGUAUGUAUAGUUUGGAUUUCGGCCCGUUAGAAUCGAAGUAUAGUAAACGGAUUCUUCCAAAAUUUGCUUUUUCCGCCGGAACAACGAUUUUUGAAGUAGAGGCCCAGCCUGAGUGA